AUGGGGUACAGAGACAAGGGUAAGGGUAUAUACAUGGACGAGUUUUUGCAACCUAACCCUAAUCCUAAACCAGGAGAACUCCGAACUGUGCCACAGUGGCCCCACAAACGUCUGCCACAACCACAACCGACAGAUUCUCUGUCUGCACCACCGUCACAUCAAACUCUCCGACCGAUCCACGCUGAAGCAGAUGAACACAAGGCUUUGCAACCACCUAUAUCACCUUGUCUCAAGCCUGCUGUUAUCACAAAUGAAGGUACCAUUCGGCUAAGGUGGAUUCAAGAGACAUGA